CCAGAGAAGGAGUUUAGUGCUCGGUUGCGGUAUGAGUGGAGUCGUGAACGCACCCUCCAUUGAGAAGUUCGUCAGUCACUCACACGGUAGCAAGCUGCGGAAUUUGAAGAGUUCUACUGCCGUUAUUCUUGUCUACAAUGAGAGAACUUCACUUUAAGGAUUGCUUUUGGAACAGGGAUUUCACCGGCACUGGGGGUUAUGACAGUAUCAUCCAGCACCUCAACGAUGGCAAGAAGACAUGCAAGGAGAUAGAAGACUUCAUGAAAGCCAGAGCAUCCAUAGAGGAGAAGUAUGCCAAAGAGCUACUGGGUCUCUCCAAGAAGGUGUGUGGGUGCAAUGAGAUGAACACACUGAAGAGAUCUCUGGAUGUGUUCAAACUGCAGACUGAACAUGUGAGUUUGUCACACCUACAACUGGCACAAACAAUGAGGGAUGAGGCAAAAAAACUUGAGGACUUCAGGGAGAGACAGAAAGAGGCAAGGAAAAAGGUUGAACAACAGAUGGAUGCCCUACACAAACAGAGGGCCACUCAGUUCAAGAAAACCAUGGAGUCAAAGAAGACAUAUGAGCAAAAGUGUCGAGACAAAGAGGAAGCAGAACAGAACAUGAACCGAAAUGCAAGCACCAGUAACGCCAAGCAGCAGGAAAAGCUAUUUGCGAGAGCAAAUCAAGCAAAAAUGAAUGCAGAGGUAGCUGACAGGCUAUACAUGCAGAAUGUGACUGCGCUGGGAAGAAUCAGGGAGGACUGGCAGCAGGAGCAUGUCAAAGCAUGUGAGGUAUUUGAGAAGCAGGAAGUUGAGAGGAUUAACACUCUAAGGAACAUGGUGUGGACUCAUCUCAACCAGCUCUCCCAGCAGUGUGUCACCAGCGAUGAGCUAUAUGAGGAAGUGAGGAAGUCUCUUGAACAUUGCGACAUACAGGAGGACAUUGAACACUUUGUGAACCUCAGACGGACUGGGGAUAAACCACCAGCUCCUAUUCUGUAUGAUAACUUCUACGGCAGUCAGAGGGUCCUCGUAGCACCAUCAGUCACCCAAAUGGCUCCAUCUAUCACCAGGAGACCAUUGCCUAAUCCAACCAACACCGGAGGUGAGAUCCAGAUCGAGCCUACAGUGUUAUACAAUACUAGCACACGGUUAUCUAUGGGUAUUGAUAUCGACUGCCUGGUGGAAUGCUGAGUGUGGAUCCCUUCAGUGAUGGAUGUAAAGAGUGGACUUUGUGCUUUGUGCAUUCAACAGUGACACCUUGACAAACUAAUUCAGAAUCACCACCAACGCUGACGUUAGUACAGCAUGUUUUGAUUAUGUCAUCAUCAUUGUGGUUUUAUAGCUGUGUUAUAAACAGUAAGGUUAAGUGUCAUAGCUCAUAUACAAUAUAUGUCAAUUGGUAAUAUAUUUAGGUUUUGUACAGUCUAAAACCAGGAAAUAUUGUUAAAGCAAAAAUAAAAGUAAUCACUACAA